UAAAUAAAACAUCUGGGUGAAGCGAGUUGUGUGUGUUUGGAGUGCUGGGCUUUGGAGCGAUCGCAUGUGCAGAAGUGAAAUUUUCAUCUUCAUUUUGCGCCUGGAUCGCACAUUCGGCGGCGUUGGGGAAAGUAAAUAUUACUGAGGACACCACAUUAAUCUUCUUGUACAGGUUGUGAGAAGCUUUUGAGUGUUCGACAUGACAGUGGGAGGCGUCUCCUGCUCCAGUGAGGGACAUAGUUCAUCUUCCGCCUCUCGCCUGAAGAUGGCGACAGGCCGUGGAACGGCUUCGCAGCUGGGUAAGGUUGUUGGGUCUCGUCCUCAUCACCGAUCAGUUGGACACGUGGCGUCAGACUCGAAUUCUAGCGGACGUCGCACUCCGCCUCGCUCGCACACGUUGUCUUCGUCCUCGGUGUCGCGCUUUGGCAGGGAUUUGCCGCGGACAGGGGGGCGACACGAGGGCAUCUCGUGCUCGUUACCCUCCUCUCCUGUAGGUGCGCUCCAGAAAGAAAAGAGCGAUUCGGGUAUUCAUCAUCAGCACGGUGCGAAAGAAAACAUAUCGCGAGAGAAUCUUCAUCCUUCUUCCCAAGAUCCUCUCAAGGAUGCAAGCGACGCAGCCGCCAUUCAUCCCGUUGAAGUUGUCGGGCGUUUCAGAGAUGAUCCCCUCGGUGAUUGUGCACCCUCGUCUGUCGUUCUCACACCGAGUCGGCGCAAUGUCCGCGUCGAUAACAAGGUCUACGUGCUGGAUGGAGUGUCGGUUUCACGUGAGGAAUCUUUGGAGAAAUUUUACCAGAGGUACGUGCAGAAGAGGAUCGAAGACGUUGUUGAAGGCGGACGGUGCACGGUGAUGAUGUACGGACCCACUGGGUCGGGGAAGAGCUACACGACUUUUGCGCCAGGAAAGGGCCUUGCGUACCAAGCAGUGGAACAAAUGAUGGGCUGCAUGACGAAGCCAACUUCGCCAUUGCGGUUGGGAGAAGGAGGGAGUUCAGGCGGCAACGACGGGAUGCGUAGGCGAAGCGGCGGCGGUGGAGGGGUGCUGAGCGAAGUGUUCGCUGGUGGAAGCAAUGGAGGAGGUCCCAGUCCGAGAGCUAAAAGGCCGCUCGUCGUGCAAGCGACGGUGCUGGAGAUUUAUAACGAGAGGGUGUAUGAUCUGUUGGCUUCGACUUCUGCAGCCGGAGCUGCCGGCCAGGCGAUCGGUAAUGCGUCUAUAAGGGGGAGGGAAGGCCCGGGAGGGGAAAAGAUCCCUCGGGUCGAAGUGAGGGGUGGAGAGGCCGUCGGGUCCUUGUCCAUCUCAGGAUCGGAGCCGAAGAAUUUGAUGCGUGCAAUCGAACGCGGAAUUCGACGGCGUGUUCAGGCCUGUACAGAGCUCAAUCAUAGAAGCUCAAGAAGCCAUUGCAUGCUGAUCUUGAGGAUCCCUGAGGUCGGUGGGAAGUUAACAAUCGUCGAUAUGGCAGGCAGCGAGAGCGCAGAGCGUGCUGGGGUCACCGGAGAAGAGGUCAAGCAGACGGGAGCUAUAAACAAAGGUCUGAGAGCAUGGCGCCGAGUCGUGGAUGCCAAGGUGACUGGAGACGCGCACGUUCCCUAUCGUGACAGUAAGCUGACGGAGUUGCUGAGGGAAUCCUUUGAAGGCGAAGGAAGGAUCUUGAUGAUACUAUGUGCGAGUCCUGCAGCAAGCCAGGUUCAUGAAACGAUAGGCACGCUGACUUAUGGCGCGAAGGCGAAGAGGAUAAUCAAGCCUGUGAUUGUCGAGAGGGCCGAAGGUGGGGAGGCGGCAAAAGAAAUGGAGACGUUGCGUGCGUGCAUGGAGAAGAACGAUUCGCGGUUGGAAAUGAUGAAAGUGAGCUGGGAAAGACGCGACGGCGAGAAGGAUGCACAGCUGCGCGAGAUGAAGAGAAAGAUCGAUGUAUUGCAGAGGCGCUUGAAAGACGAGGAAGACAAACGGGUGCGGGAGGUAGAGACGAUCCGAGCUGUCUAUGAGAGAGCCCGGGCAGAGGAUCACGAGAUGUGGGCAUUGGAGAGGAGGGACUUGUUGACCAAGGUUCGGGACUUGGAGGUGGCGCUUGCAUUAGAAAGUCAAAGAAAUGCACUAGUCCAGAGCGAGGAGGUGUGCGAACGGCCGCUCGUCGAGGGUAAGGUGGUUGAGAGAAGCAGGAGGAGCAGGGAGAAAGGCAUCGAGCAGCCAUAUGAUGUCGCUUGUGGAGGAGAAGACGUGCUGGUUGGCGACGAAGGUGCUGACCCCGUCGCAGGUAAUGCGGUGGAGUUGAAUCGUGAUGAUGGCAUGGAUGAUGAUGACGAUGAUCAAUGUCGUAAUGAGGAUGAUAAUGCUGCUGCGGGGUCGAACGAUGUUGUUUCUGUUGCUGCUGCUGCUGGUGAUGAUGAUGAUGGCAAUGAUGAUGUUGACCUUUACCAUAAUGCUAAUGAUGAUGAUGAUGAUGAUGAUGGUAAUGAUGAUCAUAAAGAUGGCCCGUUGAAUGAUGUUGUAUCUGCAGGCGCUGCUGAUUAUGAUGAUGAUGAUGGUGAUGGUAAUGGUGAUGAUAAUGAUAGCCCUGCAUUGUAUCCUGCUGCUUCUCUUGCUGCUCCUGAUGAUGGUCCAGGGGAUGAUAUGGUAGACGACAAGGUGGACGUCUCUUCCACUUCUGCAGUCGGUCAUUUUGUUAAUGACGGAGGCACUCCCGCCGGGACUGCCAGAAUUGCCAUUCGUGAGUCUAAGGUAAGCGAUGGGGAACUGCGGGAUGGGGAUGGCGACCGAUCGGCGGUAGGUAAUCCAGGCGCGGAUGUGUUGGUGGAUGCCUCUUCCACUCCCGCUGCUGAUUGUGUUGUUACUGACGGACGGAGUGGUGCAACAGUUUAUUAUGCUGAUGUUGUUGGGCAAUCUGGUGAUGGCGACGGCCGACGGGAGUCGGGCAAUGCAAAGAUGGUAGUGGAUAUCUCUUCCACCCGCGCCGAGAUUAUUUGUUCCGUUGAUGAUGGAGGCAGCGUUGCAGAUACUACUGCGAAUGUCGUUGCCGUAUCUAGUGGGGACGUUGCAGUACGGAAUGCUGAAGACGACGACCAAUUGGCAUUAGUACGGAAUGCUGAAGACGACGACCAAUCGGCAUUAAUAGGCUCGACAAGGGCAGUGGUGGACAUGUCGUCUGCUCCUUGCAACGGUCCUGAUGAUGAAGCAGGUGGUGAUGCCUCGGCUUCCGCAGAGGACGUUGUCGGAUAUGCUGUCGUGACACCAGCGCAGAACCCGGAGGGGAAGGAGGAUAAGUUCCCCAUCUCGUCAGGUUCCGAGGCGGAUUCGACUGGGCUUUGUGAGGAGCUGAGAAGAAAGCUGGUUUUAUAUGAUGACGUGGAGUCUUCUGUAGGUAACGACGUGUCUGCACACGUGUCGUCGUCUUGGAGCGGGAAUGAUGAUGGCUCGCUUGAAGCAUGCUCUUGCUUUGCUGUGGGGGAACCGACGGAGAGAACGCUAACAUUUGGCGUACUUGAGACACACGAGGUGUCGAUCAAGCCGAUGCCGACAGCGCCUAAUUUGGAAGAGAUGGGCUCUGAUCCGAACGUCCCGAUUUGUGAAGUGCCAGUUAGCCAUCACUUGAUGGGUUCAUCGGAAGAAGACGGAUCUUGCGUAGCAGUUGUGCAAGUGCCAGUUAGCCAUCACUUGAUGGGUUCAUCGGAAGAAGAUGGAUCUUGCGUAGCGGUUGUCCUGGACAACCAGAGCGUAGCAGCAGCAGAUAGAUCGUGUAUUGCAGUUGUGCAGAAUGCGGUCGUGGGUGUGGGUUGUGCAGAUGAGAAGGUGGAAGAGAUGGUCCCUAGUGCGGACAAGGUCCCUGAAGACCCACUUGGCCAGCAGCAUGCGUUAGAUUCGUCGGGAGCAGAUCGAUCGUGCGUCGUAGCUGUGCAGGAAAAUGUGGGCCUUGCAGUUGUGCGGGGAAAUCCGACUGUCGCCGUCGAGGAGGACGGUUUAGAGCGGGGUGCAAUUGAAACCGCAGCCGCGGAGAAUGCGGCUGAUGCCCCGGGAGAUGAUGUGGCAUGUACCGAGGCAGAAGCUGAUGAUCAGCCGUUCAAAACUAAUCAGGAACUCUUCUCCUGUACUUGUUAUGACGAGGGUCUUGAGCGGACUUCAGUCGAUGUCGCAGUCGAGGACGGGGCCACGGAUAAGGAUGGUACAAAUUUGGAGGGCGCGGAUAAGGAUCCUCCUAGUCUUCUGAGGGGCGAAGCGGAUGUGGACGUGCUAUCACCUUCUUCAGCGGCAUUCGAAUCAUCAGCCGCAGUGGAUUCGCAGACUGCGGAUGAUGAUGAGGUGCGCGUUGCAGAGUUGUCGGAGGAGGACUCGGUACCGCGUGUGGUCACGAAAUUGGCCGCGUGUCCACGGGUCCUGGGAGAUAAUGAAUCGCUAGUACAAGCAACAGCAGUAGCAGAAGCAGCAAGAGAGGUUAUGGAGAUUGCAGCUUUUCAAGAAAACCCAGUAGCUUCUACAGAUAGAGAAGCGCUGCCUCCCAUAACGAGUACGGGAGCGUCCGUUCUCACCACGGACACGUCCGCGCUAUCUAGUGCAACAGGUGUGACAACACAGUCUGUGUGCAUGGAUAUAGAAAAGGCAUCUGCCAGCAAUGACACGGACAUGGCACCCUCAACGCGUACGCAAAUGUCUGUGUCUUGCAGAGCGGAUGUGGAUACGUCAAUGCACACAGCAGCUGACACUUCAGAUGUCUCGAUGCCAUCUCCAAGUGCGGCGGUGCGUUCUCCAGAUGUGGAUUGCGCUCACCGGACGUGGGGGAUGCGUUUUCCAGGUGCGGAAAUGCCAUCUGCGAAUAACCUUGUGGCUGUGGCGUCCUCAGCGGACACGCAAAUGCUUUCUCUGUCGGCAACGAGUGUGCAAGCAUCCGAUCGACCAGAGGUCAGGUCGAUCUCACCAAUGCAAUGUGCAACGCCACCAAGCAGUAGAGAUGUAGAAAUGCUACUAGAGAGCGCCAAAAGCCGGUCAGGAGCAGCUCCGUAUACGGGCAUGCCAUGCUGCCUCCUAUCAAAUGCUCCGGCGAACGACUUUGGAAGGCAAGUCAACACGGAAGCGGAUGUGGACGUGCUAUCACCUUCUUCAGCAAUCAGAUCAGCAUCUGCAAUGGAUUGUGAGCUGGGUGUGUCGGCCCGAUUCCCAACAAUGGAGUUGGGGGGAGUGGAAUGUGCAGUGGCGAUGGUUGAUGAAAGGCAGUCUGCGGAGAUCCUCGCAGAAACGCAGACUGAAGCUGAGGAUGUGGAAAUGAUAUCACCUUCUUCAGCAAUUAGAUCGGUAUCAGUAGUGGAUCGUGAGCUGGGUGUAUCGGUGCAAUCCCAAUCAACGGAGCCGGGAGUGGAUUGUGCAUCGGCGAAGGUUGACGAAAGGCACUAUGCAGGGAUCCUUGCAGAAACGCAGCCUGAAGCUGUGCCGUACGACGAGCGGGGUGUGGAAAUGCUAGCACCUUCUUUAGCAAUUAGAUCCCCCUCUUCAGCUGGAAUUUGCCUAGCUUCAAUGGCCCGGGAAGAUGACAGGCGGGUUGGCGAGAGAGAGGCGAUGAAGGUUUUGGGGACUGUUGUGUCGAAGGUUGAUGACGAUGUUGCGAAGAUUCAUGUGGCAGAGAAGUUGGCUUGUGUUGCUCAGAUUGUCCUCUUGAAGGAGUCUGAGCUCGCCGGAGAAGAUGGUAGGAUCUCGGGGGAGGAGUUGGCUCUUUCGCCCAGAGAGGAAACCGAAGUCGUCGGGACGAUGCAGGGUGACGCAAUUGCCGGGAAGGAAGGCGACGGUCAUUCGACUACAAACGUGGGCGGUGAAGGCAUUGAGUCGGCCGCCGCGGAAGAUCAUCAGCCGGAGGAGGUGGAGGGGAAAGACAAAGACAUGUUUAGGUCUUGCCUUACAGGAGGUGAUGAUGAGCGUUCCGCUGCUGGUUCUGCUGAGUGUAAUUGUGAGAUGGCGACUUCUUGUGUGUCUGCUAACGAGGAGAGGCAGGUGGGCAUGACGGCAGCGACUUCACCGUUGGAGCCAGCAACGCAGAUGAAUGCCCCAGUCAGAAACGUGGGAGUGGCGGCUGGGGUGUCGUCGCGGCAUCUGUCUAGUGCUGCUGUUAGUGAGGAGGUGCCGUUGGGAGCUCAGGCUGGCUUGCCUGCGGUGCAGUGUGAUAUUGCAGCUGAGGUUGAGCGCAAACGGCAGGCUUAUCUUCUUGCUCUGCGGAAGGUCGGUGUUUCCAACGGGACGAUGCCCACCCAUUCGCGCAAACCAAGUCUGGUUGGCGAUGAAAACCUCGACGGAGUACAGGCGGAGGAUGAGGACGACGAUCUUGUGUCGAUGCAAUCGCCUCUGACACCCGUCGCUGGCAUUGUGUCUAAUCGAUCGUCGUCCCUAGUUCACAACACACGGUAUGACCGGCUGUCUGAGGAGAUGACCGAUGAUGAUGCUGAGGAAGGCGGGCGAAUGAGCGAUGGCCUUUCUGAGGAGGGCAGAAAAAGGAAGGUCCUCCUGUCUCCCAUGAUGGAAUAUACCCCUUCGGAUGGCCCUUCUGAGGAGUAUGAAUACGAUGGUGACGAUGUGGGUCUCAGUCCUAUGGAGCGUGAUGCGCAUUAUAGUGGUUUGGAGGAUGAAGACGAAGUCCAGCUGGAAGUCGAUCAGUCCCAGCAGGUCUAUUUUGAGCCGUAUAGAGCCAAUCAUUACCCUGCUCUGUCACCCAUCACGGAAGUGACCGAGGAUUUCGAUGACGCGGAUGCGAACGAGGACGGGGAGGAGGUUACAGGAAGGUUGAAGGAAUCCUCCUCGUCGGAGAUUGCCAAGCGCGACGAGGAGGAAGAUGACGACCAAUGUCUCUGGGACGAAGUGAAUCUCGACGAUGCCCAGAAUUCUCCGGUGAGUCCUCCUGCGACUUGUCUGGAGAAUGCCUCCUCGGCAAUUGCCUUGGGUACCGGUCACGGUCCCCAUCCUACCGGUAAUAGUCAAGAGGGUAUCCAAGUGACCUACGUGGAGACUAAGGAGCAGGGACCACACUUGAACGAAGGGAGAGAAGAGGACGAAGGGAGUAUCCAAGUGUCCUAUGUGGAGACGAAGGAGAACGGACCAGAGUUGAAGGAAGGGAGAGAAGAGGAUGAGCUGAAGUUGAGGGACUCUGUGGAGGGUGAGGGUGGUGAUGCUAAGGAGGGGUCGUUGCAAACCGGAUGGUCGAAGAAGACGCUGGAAGGCGAAGAAGAGCAGGACACGCAGGUUCAGAUGAAGAGUACUGAUUUCUUGCAAUCUCGAGAAAGCGGCAUUGUUUGUUGUGCUGUUGCCGGCAAUCCUACGCAGUCGUGCGUGGCGUUGCUUGGUGUAGAGCGGACGUUUGCCGUUGAUGCUGCAGCAGUGGAAAUCAAUACCGAAGAUGUAUUAGAUACUAAUGUGCAGGCAGAAGCGAACGACCGAUCUGAUUGUGCGGCGAGCCUUACGAGAGUGGAAGAGACUGAUGUCAAAGCCGAUUCCCCCCGACAGAAGAAUGCAGCAGUUUCACCACUCGUUGCUAAGGCGGAGGACCAAGUUGCGGAAGCCUCCCCUGGCCUGGGGUCGGAAACAAGACGGAGGGCCAUACUGGGCAACAUCUUCUUGAUGUGCGGGUCGAGGCGCGAGCUUCUUGUUUCUGUAUCACGAAAAAAGGAUGAUGACUCGGACUCGUUGUCUAAUCAAUGCUGUGAUCAGGCCCUUCCCUCGGAUGCAGAGUGGUGUCUGGACAAGGGUGGUAAGGAGAAGGAGGAGAAGGAGGAGAAGGAGGAGGAGAAGGACGAAGUUGCGUUGCCCGAUGUGAAGGAGGAGGCCACUGCGCCUGAUGAUGGUGAUAAGGGCGAGGAGAAGGAACAGCCUGUGCUCUCACUUGCCGGCGGUGUUGCAGGGGGCGAAGGGCACUUGCAGCAAGAUCCUAAGUUCGACCACCAAGUUCCGUUGACGAACGAGCUGGUCAGUUUGAGAUCGGGAAGGCCCAGUCGUGGAGGAGCUGUAUGGGAAGAUGAGGAUUGGCUGAGCUCGCCUACGGUGGGUGGUGGGACUGCAAAGAGACUGGACUUCAGCAACGUAUGCUCGCCUGCGUCUUCGUACAAGAGUAUGGAGUUCUCUCCCCUGGCAUCCUAUCUUACUUCGCUUCCAUUUUCAAGCAUGCUGAACAAGAACCAGCAGCUGCAAAGCAACUCACACUCCACGGAGCUUGCCUUUAGUGCAGCCCUCUCUUGCUCGUUGGCGGCGGCGAGAGCCUCUGCAGAUGCGUUGGUGAUGACUGCAGAAGGAGAGGGAGCGGCGCCUUCUGCAGCCGAUCCCAAGGAUGGACCGGACGCUUCUGCGCCUAGUGAUGAACCACACCAGUUGCCGAGUGAUGAGGUUGAAGCUGAGGACGCUCACCAGUUCCCGUGUGACGAUGAGGUUGAAGCCGAGGACGCUCACGGAGAGGAGACGAUGACUUUGUCGAGCGUUCUGACUAGCACCGACGCAGUCGGCGCAGUCGAGGAGGAGAGGCAGGGGAGUGAUGUCCCUCCUCGGAGAUUGCAAAGCAGUACAAAUGGUUCGGUCGACAGUGAUGAUGUUGUUGAGAACAGUGAAGCAGUACAGGUGGGGGUUGUUCCUGAGGGUGAAAAGUCGCCCGAUGUUCGCAGCAGCGGCAGUGCUGUGGACGUCGUCGUCGACAAAGUCGUUAUCCUGGUCUCUGGAGGAGGAGCUGAGACAGUGGAGGAUGUCUCGUGCAGCGGAUUCCUCAGAAAAUCCAUUUCCGAUCCGGAUUUGUAUUCUAGAAUGGCCUCUCGUGAAAGCGAGGACACUGCAGUCAUAGGUCAAGCCGACGACGUCGGGAUUCAAGUAGUAGUAGGAGGAGGAGGUUCUCCCCUUGCCGCUCGUCUGACACAGAGGGAUGGGGGUGGAUUGGUGCGUUCGGCAUCGGCCCGCACCCCGCAGCGGAGAAAAGAAGCGGAGGACGUUCGUGCAAAGAGACCGGCUUCUGCUCGUGCUGUUCUGGAGUCCCCCGGAGGAGCAGACUCUGGCGUUGGAUUGCUGCGCUGUAGAUCCGCACGCUCUGUCGGGGAAGGCGCAGACAUCAGAAGCCGAAAGAGUGCCAUCAACAGCCUGAAGGACGAUCACGCCACCGAUCAAUCCUUUUCGUCGAACAAGAAGGAAGAUAUCUGUACAGUCUACGUUAAAUGGGAGCCAAUCGGAAAGCUGCUGGGGAAGUCGACUGUGAGAUCCUCUGGUGGCAAGGCGGUCACCGUUCUGACCGUGCGCAAGGGCAACAGUCUGGCGGACCUUCGGGUACAAAUCGAGAAGCAUGUGGGAGAAACGAAGAGACGGUUUCAGUUCGUCACGUCAGGGGACGGUGGGGUUGUCGAGAGAAACCAUGAGACUGUAUUGAAGGUGGGGUCUCUCUCCGAAUGCCCGAACGUGCGUGGAAGCCGACUUGCUAUCCUCCGGAUUCCGGCUAGCCAUGCCCCCACCAGUGUUCCUGGAAGCUCAUCGGCGCACGUAACGGACGCACAGGUGAAGCCAGACUCACCCUUGAGGGUGCUAAACUGCAAUUCGAGUCAGGAGCUGAGUUCUGAGGUUGACGGAGGCGUUGGAUGUAGCAAGGAUCAAGGGCUGAAGCCUGCUGGAAGCGGCAAUGUGGAAAGGGGGGCGUCAGGGUUGAAAGGGGGAUUGCAGAGCAACCGAAAAGGCAGCGCGAUGGGAAAGCAAAAUGUCAUGUCCUCGCGGGUGAUACGUCGCCCUCUCGUUCGAUCCGGUCUGUCAUCACCAGGUAAAACGGACUGCAACACGCCGACUCGAGAGGCCUAAGCAAAGCCGCUUGGUACUCGAACACACAGCCUUUCCGCUUGCUGUUGUUGGUCCUUCGCUUUGCGAUGCAAAACAUGC